AUGCACUCAGUGCGAACAGAGGGGUCGUCAGGGCAGUACCCCGUGGUCCAGAAUCAGACGGUGACAGAAGGGGGGACGGCCAACAUGACCUGCAGAGCAGAAGACAACGACCAGACCUCCCUCCAGUGGUCCAACCCCACACAGCAGACACUCUUCUUCGGGGACAAGAAAGCUCUGAGAGAUAACCGCAUAGAGCUGGUGAGAGCGUCGUGGUCCGAGCUGACCAUCAGUAUCAGUGAGAUCACACUGGCUGACGAGGGGAUGUACACCUGCUCUCUAUUUACCAUGCCUGUCAAGACAGCCAAGGCCUACCUUACUGUACUGGGGGUGCCAGAGAAGCCAGAGAUAGACGGUCUGACCAAGCCUGCCCUGGAGGGAGAUGAGAUCACUCUGACCUGUAUGACCCAUGGCUCCAAGCCUGCUGCCGACCUCCGCUGGUUCAGGAACGAGAAGGAGAUCAAAGGUGCCAAGGAGGUGAACGCCAGCGGGAAGACCUUUACAGUGACCAGUUCUCUGCAGCUGCUAGUAGACAGGAGGGAUGACGGCGUGGCGUACACCUGUAAGGUAGACCACGUAGCCCUGGCACAGACGCCACAGCAGGCUACGGAAGUACUGGAGGUGCACUAUGCUCCUCGUGUGGUGAUCACCAAUUCGUUGACGUUCCCUCAGGAGGGUCAGUACCUGAAGCUGGAGUGUGUAUCCAAGGGAAACCCGUCGCCAGACCCUGUGUUGUGGACUAAGGAUGGAGGAGAGCUACCAGACCUGGAGAGAAUGAUCUUAGAGGGAAGAGAGCUCACCUUUACCACCCUGAACAAGACAGACAACGGAACAUACCGCUGUGAGGCCUCCAACCACCUAGGCACCAGCAGCGCAGAAUACAUACUCUACGUCUAUGAUCCCAACGCCAUGGGGCAGCACGGACCAGACCAUGCUCUGAUUGGUGGAGUGGUGGCGGUGGUGCUCUUCGUUACGUUGUGUCUAAUCAUCUUUGUGGGCCGCUACCUGGCCAGGCAUAAAGGAACGUACCUGACCAACGAGGCCAAAGGAGCGGACGAUGCACCGGAUGCUGAUACGGCUAUCAUCAACGCAGAGGGCAACACACAUGGGGAGAAGAAGGAGUACUUUAUCUAGACUGUAGAGGGCGCUCUGAUCUGCUGCCCCCUCUUUCUCUCUCUUUCUUUCUCUUUAUCUAUCUCUCCCUCUAUCUCCCUCUCUCUCACUCU